CUGUCAGCAGUUAAAUAUUCACUCGACCAAAAACACCUUCUUGACUGCUUGAGCAUAGCAGCAUCCUGCUCCAUAUAUUAUAAACCAUAUCUACGUAAUCCACAACUGUCCUGGCUUAGUGUCUUCAUGUCAAAAUUAAAGCUGUCUACAGACGAGGACUUCGACACAGCUAAAAAAAAUGUGAUCAGCACCAAGUUAAUUUUCUUGCUCAUCUUAGUUGUCUCCAUCCUAUUUGGCUUUUACAAGCUUGGACAACGAAACCAGCUCAAUAUUGAGAAGAGCAUUGCCAAUAGUAUCCAGAUAGUCGAGCCCUCUGGCACCGGCCUAGAUAUUUUCGUCUACAGCUGGAAGCCAAGGAUCAUCUAUGUAAGACAAUUUCUGUCAAAGAGUCAAAUACAAAAACUCAUUUCGCUGGGUUCUUCGCUAAGUUCAAAAGAAGGGAAAGAAUUUAGUAAAGUGUUAGAAAGAACCAAGUUUAUUGAAGAAAUUGACGAAAAGAUAGCACUCUAUGCUAGAAUCGAUCCGAAUCUUGGCGAAGAUCCGAUUAUUCUACGCUCGAAUAAAGGUUCAAGCACAGAUGAAACCAGAGACUGGUUCGUUGAAGAUGAUCCUGUCCUCGGAAAGAGAAUUUUGACAUUCGUGAUCUUUCUUUCAAAUGUAGAGGGUGGUGAAAUCACCAUUCCUAAGAAAUUUAUCAACAUCUCUCCAGUAGCGGGAAAUGCCGUCAUAUUUCACCACACCUACCUUACAGGCGAGAUCGACGACAAUAUGAUUUGGUCUGGAAAGCCAGUUCUUUCCGGGACAAGAUGGCUUUAUAUCAAGCAUAUGCGCAGUGGAGUUGAUAGCGCGUGAGAGGAGUAAGAACCAGCGUUUCACAGCGGUUUGUAUAUGCCCAAUAAAUGUGAGCGCAUCAAAAAGAUGUAGCUUCAUAAAAAGCCCCGAA